AUGGCAUCACAAACAGCUCCUCGCUCCUCGCAGGAGACUCAAACUCCUGACACUGACCAGGACCACCUCCAGCAAGAUUCAGAGAAACAGGGACCUCCGUCGGGCGGCAUCGACCCGUCAGCAAGCCCACCGUGCAACGAUGGGAAAAGCAAGCCGGAAUGGAACUGGGACACAGACUCUCAUAACCCCAUGAACUGGCCAUUGGCAUACAAGAUAAGACAAGUCGUCAUGCUUUCCCUCGCUGCCUUCACCGCAAGCUUGGGGACCUCCAUCAUCAGUCCCGCUCGUGCCCAGCUCGUCGAGGAAUUCGGCGUGACCAUGACGCAGGCAAUCGUCCCGUUAUCGAUGUAUGUCUUCGCACUCGGUCUAGGUCCUGUCGUAGGCGCUCCAUUGUCGGAGACGGUGGGCCGGCAUCCCGUCUAUCUCGUCAGCCUCCCUCUGGGUGGGCUUUUCACUCUAGGCGUGGGCUUCUGCCGCAGUUUUGCCGGAAUCUGUAUUCUGCGGUUCCUCGCAGGGUUCUGUCUCUCUCCCAGCUUAGCGAUCGGAACGGGUACCAUCAACGAGACGUACAGGCUCUCGGAACGAGCGCUGCCGUCGACGGCGUACAUCCUUAUGCCAUUCCUCGGUCCGGGACUGGGCCCAGUGAUUGGAGCCUUUGUGGUGAACCGCAAGGGCUGGCGAUGGACGCAGUGGACCCUGCUCUUCUUCAUCGUCACCGCCACGAUAUCCACCUUUUUCAGCAAAGAGACCUACCAUACCGUACUCAAGCGUCGGCGCGAAGCACAGCUGGGCCUUCCCCUGGACCCGCUGCCACCAACAAGCCAGCGUAUCCGGAACUUCGCAACGACGGCGCUGACUCGACCUGUACGCAUGAUGUUCACAGAGCCCAUCGUCUCCUUCAUCUGCCUGUACGUGGCGUGCGAGUUCGCGACCCUCUUCUCCUUCUUCGCAGCGCUGCCGUACGUGUUUAGCACCGUGUACGGCUUCGGUAUCGAGCAGCAGGGCCUGGUCUUCAUCUCCAUCGCGGUCGGCUGCGUCUUAGGAGCCUUGACCGUCAUCUUCUGCAACAGGGUCAUCUAUAUGCCGCAGACGAAGAAAUUCCCCGCCCAUCGGACUCCGCCAGAGUACCGGUUAUACCCGGCCCUGGUCGGGAGUAUCGGGCUGCCGCUGGGGCUCUUCUGGUUUGGGUGGACUGCGAGAGAGGACAUUUCUUGGGCAAGUCCUGUCGUCGCCAUUGUGCCGUUUGCUUGGGGAAACAUUUGCCUCUUUGUUAGCACGAUACAGUACCUGGUCGAUGUGUAUCAGGGGACAACGAUCGCCAGCGCCGCGAGUGCGAGUAGCCUGGCUAGGUACUUGCUUGCAGGCGCAUUUCCGCUAUUUAUUGUCCAGAUGUAUACGAAUCUAGGCAUCGGGUGGGCGAGCAGUUUGUUGGGGUUCAUUGCCCUAGGGUUGCUGCCAGUCCCCUGGGCUUUCUUCAAGUUCGGUAAGACCAUUAGGGAAAAGAGCAGGUUUGAUACGGUCAAGUUUUGA